GACGGUGAGUUACAAUUUCCUGGCGACUUCUAGAGCAACACCUCCCCGAAAGCCUGAGCUUACAUCAGCUUCUUUAAUUUGAGAUAACACCCUCGUCCUCUCCGGUCCUGCCCCGUGAUAGCCGCUCUCCUCCGUCGCACCUUUUUCUGCCUGACCACCUCAGGUCAAUCACAGAAAAAUGUCUGCAAAGAUCACAAAAGAGGAGUUGGAGGAGAUGAGGACGACCUUUGGGAAAAUUGAUCUCGACAACGAUGGAUUUAUCUGUGAUGAUGAACUCAAUGAGCUCCUUAAAGAGGCAGGCCAUGUGCGGCCUGGGUACGUGGUUCGCGAAAUCAUCCAGAAACUAGAUCGCAACAAGGAUAACAAGAUCAGCUUUGACGAGUUUCUGUCGAUCGUCCUGGAGCUGAAAGGCAGUGAAAUAGCAAAAACCUUCCGUAAGGCCAUCAACAGAAAAGAAGGCAUCCUGGCCAUUGGAGGGACGUCCGAGCUGUCGAGCGAAGGCACACAACACUCGUUCUCUGAGGAGGAGCGAUUUGCGUUUGUGAACUGGAUCAACACGGCUCUGGAAAAAGACCCUGACUGCCAACAUGUCCUGCCUAUGGAUCCCAACACAGGCUCCCUGUUUGCAUCUGUCGGAGAUGGCAUAGUUCUCUGCAAAAUGAUCAACCUGUCAGUUCCAGACACUAUUGAUGAGAGAACCAUAAAUAAGAAGAAGCUGUCGGCGUUUACAACACAGGAGAAUCUGAACCUGGCCCUGAACUCAGCUUCUGCCAUCGGCUGCCAUGUGGUGAACAUCGGUGCUUUAGACCUGAAAGAGGGGAAACCUCAUCUGGUACUGGGUCUGCUGUGGCAGAUCAUCAAGAUUGGUCUGUUUGCCGACAUCGAGCUCAGCAGGAAUGAAGCUCUGGCAGCGUUACUGAGAGAUGGGGAAACUUUGGAGGACCUGAUGAAGCUGUCUCCAGAAGAGCUGCUGCUACGCUGGGCAAACUUUCACCUGGAAAAUGCUGGCUGGCAGAAGAUCAACAAUUUCAGCAGUGACAUCAAGGACUCAAGGGCCUAUUUUCACCUCCUGAAUCAAAUCUCUCCAAAAGGCACAGAAGAAGACCAGCCUCGCAUAGACAUCAGCAUGGCAGGCUUCAGUGAGAGAGACGACAUGAAGAGGGCAGAAGCCAUGCUGCAGCAGGCCGACCGGCUCGGCUGUCGACAGUUUGUCACCCCAGCUGACGUUGUCAGUGGAAACCCCAAACUCAACCUCGCCUUUGUGGCCAAUCUGUUCAACAAAUAUCCAGCACUGACCAAACCUGAGAAUGAGGAUAUUGACUGGGGAUUGUUGGAAGGUGAGACGAGAGAAGAGAGGACUUUCCGAAACUGGAUGAACUCAAUGGGAGUGAACCCACAUGUCAAUCAUCUUUAUGGAGACUUACAGGACGCCAUGGUCAUCCUUCAGCUCUAUGAGAAGAUUAAAGUGUUUGUUGACUGGAGCAACAAAGUCAACAAGCCGCCUUACCCCAAACUGGGAACCAACAUGAAAAAGUUGGAGAAUUGUAACUACGCGGUAGAACUGGGCAAAUCAGCCAAGUUCUCCCUUGUCGGCAUCGGCGGGCAGGACCUGAACGAUGGCAACGCUACCCUGACUCUGGCACUGGUGUGGCAGCUGAUGAGAAGAUAUACAUUGAAUGUACUGGAGGAACUGGGGGAUGGACAGAAAGUAAACGAUGCCAUCAUUGUAAAGUGGGUGAACAACACGUUGGCAGAGGCUGGAAAAUCCACCACGAUUGCAAACUUUAAGGACAAGGAGAUCAGCAGCAGUUUGGCAGUAUUGGAACUGAUAGACGCCAUUCAGCCCGGCAGCAUCAACUACGACCUGAUAAAAACUGGCAGCCUCUCUGAAGAUGACAAGCUGGAAAACGCCAAAUAUGCCGUCUCCAUGGCGAGGAAGAUCGGAGCCCGUGUCUACGCUCUCCCAGAGGACCUCGUGGAGGUCAAACCCAAAAUGGUGAUGACAGUCUUUGCCUGCUUGAUGGGUCGGGGGAUGAAGCGGGUCUAAGAGACUGGCUGGGAUCAGUGUGACACUUACUUAACUUGUACCCACAAGCCAUUAGAGUUUUAAAAGAGCUCCCCCAACUGAAGGAAAUGAAGAAUGGUUUUCUAUUUGAAUGAGAAUGAUGAAGUCAGAAUGAUUUGCAUGUGUCCCUGCCUCUUUUGACUAACAGAGGUGUUUACUAAAGAAUGAUGUGCUGUCCUCUUUAUUUAAAAAUCCAAAAUACUAAAUUUUCGAAAACAGAUGGGUCUCGUGUUACAGGCAACAACUUGUUACUUUCAAUAUCCAGAACUCUUAAAUAAUGUUUGUUUUUUAAAGCGAAUAUGCAUAUUUCCAGCUGCAAGGUUGUUUACAUAUUUUUACUCAGACUGAUAAAGUAAAUUAUAUCCUUGACUAAGCAACACACAUUCCUGAAUUCAAUGCUGAUGA